UUUCAGGUUUUGCUGUUAUCGUCGAUAUGUGGUCUGGUGACCAGCUCGGGUGUGCAUGGCGACGGGUUGGCACAUCUGGCUCCCAUAGCUAUAGGACCCGCACCAGCAGCUGGAGCUCCGGUUGUGACGGCUGCUAGUUCACAAUACUUCCAGAGAACCUUCAACCGCCUCGUAGUUCCUCAAGCAGUAGCACCAGUGGCACCUCCACCACUGCAGCCUGUUUUCACGGUAGCCCCGGCCCCCCCAGUAUUUGUGGAGCCUACCAGAGAAGUGCCUGUCGCCGUGAAUCCACCACCAACCCAGCCAGCUCCAGUUCAUCCUAAUGUUGCAAUAGCCGUGGCUACAGCACAUGCCGCUGCACCUGUCGCCACUAUAUUGCUCCCGCCAUAUCCUUUUGGAUUCCCGCCAAAUUUUGGACUGAUCCCUCAGGAACAGCCUGUUAAUGUACCUGAUGAGAAUAACAAAGAACCGACCACUCAGUCAACAACGCAAGCUGAGGUGACGACACAAGAGCCAGAACAAACCACGCCGAUACCAUCGAAUAGUGAUGACAACUUUGUACAACAGGCGUUGCCUUCCAAUGAAGAUGUAAAUUUCAACCAGUAUGGUCCACCCCUACCACCUCAGGAUCAACAGUUCCCACCUAAUAACCCGGGUCCUCAGUUCCAGCCUAACCAACCGCGUCCUCAGUUCCCGCAACAACAACCCCAACCUCAGUUCCCACAACAGCAGCCCCGUCCGCAGUUCCAACCACAGCAACCGCAACUGGGGCAAUUCCCAUUACAACAGUCUCGGCCACAGUUCCAGCCACAGCAAUCUCAGGGACAGUUUCCACCGCAAGAACCCCGUCCUCAAUACCAGCCACAACAACCAGAGUUCCCGCCACAAAGGCCACAAGGACAAUUCCCACCGCAACAGUCGCAGCCUCAGUUCCCGCCACAGCAGCCGCGGCCACAGUACCAGCCACUGCCACAAGCACAGCAACCACGUCCUCAGUUCCAGCCACAGGCAAGACCGCAACAGCCUCAUCCAACAUACGGAGCACCUCAACAACAGUGGCCUCAACAGAGACCUAGGCCUCAAAAGCUGAAGACAUCAGUGGAAGUUGUCCCAGUACCGCUAGCCUACAUCACUCCUCCUCCACCUCAGAAAACUCACGCACACGUGAAGGUAGUCAAACAUAUUUACACGUUUGUACCGGCAACUCCUGCUAAAAUUAUUGUAAGACCUGUCGUGCAAACGCGUCCUCUUCGUUUAGUGAAAAUAAAAAAAGUUCAUUCCCAGAACUUGCGGGCUAAUGCCAGAGAUAUUGAAGUCACGACUUUCAGCCCAUUUCCUAGGCCCAACAUUAAGCCGCCUAAAGUAUAA